AUGACGAGGCAUCUCGAAUUGUACCAGUUUGCUGCAAGUAUGGUGGUGGACUUCAAGGAAACGUUUUUUAAACUUUUGUUGUGUGCUGAAGACCCGUACGAGCGCCUUGUAUUGGACGUGAAUGCGAGUCGAUGCAAUGGUCGAAGCAAAGCCAAGUGCUACGAGGAGUUGACAGUACUGAACGACAAGACUUAUUGGCGUCCUGAUUACUUUCGAUGUCCCUUUAUCGGCGCAGUGUCACCGUGCAUGGCAUCUCCGAGGAAUGGUGGAGCCCCAGAGCUCGCACAGGCGUGA